AUGAAGGCGGUUCCAGCUCACCGGAAUCUCCAAGCUGCCAUCGGGUCGAGCCUUCGAGGUCGAGGUUCGAGACUCGAGGUUCCUUCAGCAGAGUUCCAUUUUGCAGCAGCUGCUGCUGCUGCCACAUCGCCCACAACAAUGGACGACCACAAUGCAGCGGUCAAGCGCAUCGCCGACGUGGUGAAGGACUUCCAUUCGCGCCGGGAACCCUUUCGCAUCUUCCACGGCUCCACAAGCAGUACCCGGCCCGCCCACCGCCAGCGCGUCGUCGACAUCAGCGAGCUGCACAAUGUUCUCUACAUUGACGCCGCCGCUGCUGUCGCCGUCGUUGAACCCAACGUCCCCAUGGACCAGCUCGUCGCCGCCACCUAUCGGUGCGGGCUCGUGCCCCCCGUAGUGAUGGAGUUUCCCGGCAUCACCGUCGGCGGUGGCUUCGCCGGGUCGGCCGGAGAGAGCAGCUCGUUCCGCUACGGGUACUUUGACGAGACGGUGCAGUCUGUCGAGAUGAUCCUCGCGAGCGGGGAGGUCGUCAACGCUUCCAAGACGGAGAAUCCUGAUCUCUUCAAGGGUGCGGCAGGGGCUCUGGGGACCCUGGGUAUCGUCACAAAACUGGAGCUGCGAUUGCUCAAGGCCAAGCAAUUUGUAAAGCUCAGCUAUCACUCAUAUUCGACGAUUCCGGAAGCCGUUGCUGCGAUUCAGCGGGAGACGAAUCUGGCGCAUAAUGACUAUGUCGAAGGACUGGUCUUCUCAAGGACGAGUGCUGCUAUUAUCACGGGCCAUAUGACGGAUGAUUUGCCGGAUAAGUGCCAGCCACAGACGUUCAGCAGGUCCAAGGAUCCUUGGUUCUACCUGCAUGCACGGAAACGAAUCGCAAAUGGCACACCGACGCCAGAUUACGUACCGCUGCAGGAUUACCUCUUUCGCUAUGACCGGGGUGCAUUCUGGAUGGGCGAGUUGGCAUUCAAAUAUUUCGGCGUUGUCCCAUUCAAUAGACUCACUCGUCGGGCUCUGAAUCGUCUCAUGGACACGAGGACAUUAUACAAGGCCGGACUCGGCGGCGGUAGCCGAAUGACCUUCAGAUACCUAGUCCACGACCUCUCUCUGCCAUACAUCAAAGUCCAAGAGUUCAUCGACUACGUCGCGGACAACCUCGAGAUAUGGCCCCUCUGGCUGUGCCCCCUCCGCGCCAUCGAGUCCCCCAGCUUCCACCCCUAUACGACGGAGCCCGGCGGGGAGACGCCGCAGCCCAUGCUGAACGUGGGUGUGUGGGGGUUGUCGUCGAAAAAGAUUGACAGGUUCGUCCGCCAGAACCGGGAUCUGGAGGCGAAGCUCAUGGAGCUGGGCGGGCGCAAGGUGUUGUACUCCCACGCGUACUACACCGAGUCGCAGUUCUGGGACGUGUACGACAAGGAUUGGUACACGAAAUUGCGAGACCGGUACGGCGCCACGAGUUUACCGACGGUGUACGACAAGAUUACGGUUGACGUGAGUAAAGAGCGGAGGAAGAAGUCGCUCAAGGAUAGGAUUGCGAUAACAUGGCCGUUUGCUGGCUUCGUCGGUGUUUGGUCUGCGAUACGGAAAUGA